AUGACCUCACAGGAUGACUUUACUCUCACGCUACUUUUCAGUGAGCUGAAAGCGUCUUUGAAUAUGAACAGAGGAACACAGCUGAAACAAAAAGAGCUAGUGCACAUGCAGACCCUUGCUGAGGAAUGGAAGAAGAGAGACAGAGAAAGGGAAGCUCUUGUGAAGAAAAAGGUGGUUGAAUAUGCUGCGCUAGAAGAGCAACUACAACAAACAUUGGCUGAUUUGGAAAAAAGAGAGCGCCAUCUCGCUAAUGGUGAAAUAGAGCUGCAGAGGCUGCGGAAAGAAUUACAGGAUGAUCAUGAUCGGAACUUGCGAGAAAUGCAAGACGCCACACGACGUUCCACUGCAGAUGCUGCCCAUCAGGUGGAAUUGGAAAGACUGAAGUUGAAUCAGUUGCAAGAUGAUAAGUUGCGUUUACAGCAGCAGCUCCAUGAAGCAGAACAGAAGUAUAAACUGCUUGAGAAGGAGUUCCAUCAGUACAAGGAGCAGCAGAGCAGCAAGCCUGAAAUUCGACUUCAAUCAGAGAUCAAUCUAUUAACUCUAGAAAAGGUGGAACUUGAAAGAAAAUUGGAGUCGGCCACAAAAUCCAAACUGCAUUAUAAGCAACAGUGGGGACGAGCCUUGAAAGAGUUGGCACGCCUGAAACAGCGUGAGCAAGAAAAUGCCAUGGCAAGACUUAAGAAGCAACAGCAAGAACUGGAACAUAUGAGGUUACGAUAUCUUGCAGCAGAGGAAAAAGAAGUGGUUAAAACAGAGCGACAAGAAUUGGAGGAGAUUAGGAAUGAAUUGAACAGGUUAAAACUGCAGGAGGAUAAAAAACAAUCCUCAGUGCAGCGACAUCCUGCCAGUGGGGAGGAGGCUGGAGAUCACGUUCAACAUCAAGACGAAGCCUUGGACAAUUAUCUCACUCGGCUCAUAGAAGAGAGAGACACUUUGCUAAGGACAGGAGUAUACACUCAUGAAGAUAGGAUUAUCCGUGAACUGGACAGGCAAAUACGUGAAACUAUGGUGAAGCGACGUGGUCAUACUUGAGGAUACUAGUGUUUCAAUGAAAUCUUUGGACAGCAAGUGCUAGGGUACUCGCAUUAUCCCUAUUAUUGCUUCUGAUGUUGUUUGCCAAUAAUUUACCUUUGGUAUAAAAUCAGCACAUAUUAUGAAGACUCAAAUCAAUCUUCUAAUAUCAUUUUGGUGUAUUUUUUGACUUUUAUACAACUUUGUGUUUUUGAAAAUGUAAUUUUAGACUGAACUAGAAAGUUGUUUUAUAUGUACAGUAGUUUUCUACAGAAGUGUUUUUAACGAAUCUGUAAAUAGCUAUAUUUUGCAGAGCAAACUUUAUUCAAUUUCUUUAAAAAGUAAUAAAUAGUAAGUAUUUUUCUUUAAAGGGACCACUAGGCUGAUAAGCUCAAGCCAAAUAAAUGCAAAAAAAUAACCUGUCAGUAAAUAGUAUUCACAUUAAAGACAGCAGUUGAACCAGAGAAAGCAUUUAUUUCUAGAGCAGAAUAUGAAAGUAUGAUGAUCACUUACAGAGCAGGUUUGUUCCAAGUAAACAGCAAUAAAUUCAUAAGUAAGGAUUCAAAUACAUUUAACUUUUGCAACAUUGAGGUACAGAUAUUUGAAUUCUGCCUUUCACAGAAAAACCAAGAUGGAUAAGCCUCAGCUUUUACACUUUUUGAAGGUAACUCCAUUUGGAACACAAGAUGCCUUGUUGACAAUGACUAACUGUCCUUUAUCAUGUGUUGUUUGUCAUUCUUUUCCCUUCCUUGCAGCAGUAGUACCUUUUCAAAAAAAUCUGUGACUUUCAUUUCUUAAAGACAUCAUUAUGGUUCGAUUUACUACAAUGGUGUCUUAAAGAAAAGUCCUGACAAUUUAAAUGUACUUAUCAUUUGUGAAAAUAUUUUAAAGGUUGCUGUUAAACUAGUAAAUAGUACACUCAUUCUCAAAAUAAAAUGAAAUUUUGAGAUACCAAGCAGAAGAUGACAAAUCAGCAUUGGUACAUUUCGGGAUAGAUUUUACAGGAUCCACCCAAACAUGAGCAAUGAACAUUCUGAUCAAUUAAUUAUUAUAGUUUUGCUUCUUGGCAAAUUGGUUUAUUUUCUGUUAUAAACAUUCAAACGAUAAUUUGUUCUCAAUAAGCAAAUAGGCUUCUUGCCCAGCUUCAAGUUGGGGGUGGGGUAGAGAGGGGGGAGUAAUUAAUGAGCCCGGAUAAUAUCAGCUUGCUGAUUCCUUAGAAUUUAUAUUCUAGUUUAGAUUGUAUGUGGUGAAGAAUGGGAUAUUACUGAAAUUAUCCUAAUUUUAUAACAAUAUGAGAAAUUACCUGACAGCUGAAAAUCAGGAAAUGUAUACAACACUUGAAAUUUCUCUCACGACCACUUUCACUCCCUCCACCAGAAGCGCACACAUUUUAUAAAAUUGCAAUUAAUGUUACCAGCAAUAAAUAUUGAGUGUGUGGAGUAAAACUGGGGUACAUCAUCGUCAGUACAGUGCAGAACAAAUGAACCUGCUAUUUAAAUCUCAGAAUUAAUGAUGGUUUUUGAAAUUCUAUUAUCAAACAGCAGAGGGGGCUGCAUCUUCAAAUUCUACAUUAUUGUGCAUGUGAAAUUCUACACCUCAGCCCUGGUUUUGUAUGCUGCUUUCCAUUUAGUUGAUACUGUUGAACAUAAAUUAAAACAUGAACAAACUUAAAACUUGCUAACUUUCAAUGCCACUUCCUUGUGCUUUAAUUGUGUUGAUGUUUGUUUUACUUUUAUAAAUAUGAUCAGUUUAAAUAAAUUAUUUUGUUGCAA